AUGGCAUUACAACUGAAGUACAGUGACGAGCACGGUAUUCUACGCAUCGACAUGUCACCCGUCCCCGAGAAAGAGAUCACCGAUCCAAAAUUCGAUUCCAUAAACAACCGUUUCGGCCAAUACGACCUCUUCGGCGCAAAGUACGAAGAAGGGGGGUCGCUCUUCCGUAGCCGCUACAACAGCUUAGAAGAGGAACUGGCUAAUACACCUUACGCGUUCGCGACAGAACGUAGUCUGCACCUCUCAGAUCCAGUAUUAGAUAUAACGAUAGACGCUAAAGACGAUCUAUUCGGACCGAAGAUCGAUAAUCCUUUUACGGUGACGCAGUUGAUCCAUGCGCAGGAUCGAUUCUUUGAUCUAUCGGCGAGGGUGAAGGGGGUGGAAGUGAAAAGUGCGCCCAAUUCCGCGAGGGUUAAAGUGAGUGGUGAUGCCUUCGAGGUUAUUAGGGAUGUAGACGCUCCAAGUUCUUUACCCCCGGUGCCAACGAAACGAAAAAGAGAAAAGUCUUUUGCUAUCAUCGCUGAGCCACCCAUCUCCAGGCCAAGCAGCCCUCGAUCCUUACCUGUUGAAAUAAAACCUGAGAGAGUAUCGCCUUUUAAAGGUCGAGGCUUUCGAGAAGAAACAUCACGACACAAUACACCAAAAACAUCAGCAGCGAACUCGAGAGCUUGUUCACCUUCAAGAAGAAGAACCAAGUCCUUAACAAGAGUUGAAAAAAUGGCACAAGCAGCAACAAUGUUACCGCAACCCUUGCCAAGUAGGCCCCAUUCUCCACGAAAUUUUCUGAAAGAAAACAUGGCGGAAAUUAAAGAAAUUAGUGAAAUAAAUAGAGAAAAGCAUGAAGCUGAAGCAGAUAAAAAAAGAAAAGAGGAGGAAAUAGCUCUGUUAAAAGAAAUGGGUCUUCUAGACAAAAAGGGUGAAGUCAAAAGCAGCGUUAAUUCUAGGACUAAUUCAAGGAGUACUUCGCCCACUAAAAUUAAUCUACGAUCAAGAUCGAAUUCGCCCUCAGCUAUAUUACAUUUUGAAAAAGUUCCAACUGGGAGUACGGAAAUUUUGUCUACAGACGGCUCAAAAGCAGUUCAUAGAUCCAGAGUUAGGUCAGUUACAAGGUCGCAACCUGAAUAUAAGAUAACGUCUCCCAGGAAUUCUAAAAUUCCUACGCGCCAAAACUCGGUCUCACCAACAAGAAGUAAUACUAAAAAAUAUGUAUCGAACAACCUUAAUAGAAAUCAAAAAUACAUGUCAAAUAGUACAAGCAGCAUACACGAAACUAUAAGGAUUGGUAGUCAAAUACAUGACAAAAGGGCUGUUCAAAGUACACAAAAUCUAAAUGUUCCGCAAAGCAUAAUUAAAGGUAAGCCACCUAUCUCCCCCGGUAAAAGUGGACCGCCGCCUUCAAACAAAUUUAUAAAUCCUAAACGUUUAUCGCCAAUUGUAGGAACGCCAAAUAAAAGUCCUGUAGAUGAUGUAACUUCCAAUUCCGGUAAAACUCCAUCAAAAAUUUCUACGCUACAAAAGAAGCAAACUAAAGCCACUGGCCCAUCAUCCGUAUCAAGGCCAAAUAGUAAAAUGGCAAGUCAAGACUCAAAUUCUGAUAAACGUUUUGCAAGCAAAUCUGUAAGUAAGCCAUCUACAGCCAAACCAAUCAAUAAAACCAUAAGUAAUAAAACGAACAUAAAACCACCUGUGCCAACUAAAACAGAACCUAAAAAACCUGUUAGUCGAACAAAUAGUGUAAAAAAUUUGUCAAGAGCUUCCAGUACAAAAAAUCUUCAUGAAAAACCACCAUUAAAAAAAACUGCUAGCAAAGUAGAUCUUACAGAAAAACCUAAAUCAGCAAAAAAAAUAGGUGGAAAUAUUACUGAAACAGGUAAAAAAACAGAAAAAAGUAAAAAAAAUGAUAAAGAAAAACAAAAUAGUGGUGAGAUUUCAAAAGGAGAUGAAGUAACAACGCAAGACAACGAAACCCAAUACGAUAAAGCCAGGAAUGAAAACGAGGAACUUGUUAUUCUUACAAAAAAAAAUGUAGUUUCUAUGACAACUGCAGCUAUUACCUCUCAGCCAUUAGAAGUUGUUACAACGGUAACAAAUCAGCUACCUGCGGCCUUAGAAAAGGCUCGGGAAAAACGUAUCUUAGAUCGACUUAGUUCUAAGGACUCAUUAAAUGGAAAAGAAGAAGAAAAGGAAUCAAGCGGUUCUAAAGAAGACGUUGAACCACCUAAAUUGGAAAAAAUUGAAAAGGAAGAAAAACGACCACCACGACAUAAAAAUUCUGACAAAACUUUAUUUGCCGAAGAUAACAUCAAAUUAAAAUUAUUACAACCUCCAUAUAAUAACCCUCAACUGGAACGUGUUAAGCAGAAAAUUGAAGAAAUAUUAAAAGAACCUGAAAUUUCUACUGAAAACAUUUUAUCAACGGGCAAAAUAAAAGAAACAAAAGAUAACUUCAAAAAAGCAGCAGAGACAACAAAGAGUGACACAAAGGAAACUAAAGAUAAUGCAGUAAACAAAGUAUCUGAUCUAAAAGAUCAAGUACUUAAAGAAAGCGAGGAAAUGACUGUAAACAUUCGUUCUGAAGCAAAGGAAAUUGUUGAUAGUAUUAUAACACCUGUCGAAGAACCUCUAAAAAUAGAACAACCCAAGGUUAAAGAUGUUGAACCUACGGUAAAAAUGGUUAACGAGAAAAGGACAGACAUUAAAAGUGACGUAGAAAAGGUUACAGAAAAUUUGGUAAAAGGGGAGGGCGAAGUGGAAGUUCAGAGCUCUAAUUUAUCAUCAGGCGAUAAAAUAAAAAUUGAAAUAAAAAAAUCUGAUGGAGGUUCAGACAAAUCUGCGCAUAGUAACGGAUUCCCUCAAAGCACUAGCACCACACCCAAACCACCAGCUAGAGCGCAUAGGCAACAAAAAGAAGACAAGCAAGAAAACGAACCUGAAACGCAAACAGAAACGAAGCCAAACAUAUGCAGCCGCCUCAUGGGCAAGUGUAAAAGUGCAUGUUGUCCUUGUUGUCUUAAGGCAGCUGAGGAAGGCAAGAGUGAGAUAGAAGAGGAGAGUCAGAAGAAGUUUUGGAAUUCGAUGAACUGUUUAAAGAAGAAAGUGCCCGAUGAGGAAGUCGAACGAGCUGCAGGAAAGGCAGCGACGAUAGAAUUCGAGUCAGAAACAAAACGAAAACGCAAACUUCGCGAUGUUUUAUGCGCGUGCUGCAGACGACGGAAAGUCAGUGACGUUUCCGACUCAGUUCGGCAGUUCGAGGUGUCAUCACCUGUCGCUUCGACAGAAGUUGUCACCGAGACCGGAUGCUGUGGAAAGAAGAGAGAGAUUGAGAGAAGGGAUAGCAUUUUAAGUGACCAGGCGCCGUCUACAUGCUGUAACAACAGGCUAUGUCGGUGGCUGCGCGGUGCUUGUCGUCGGCAGACAGAACCUACAUCCAGCAGGAGAACCAGUCUCUUCUCAAAGAACAAGAGCUUGUCUCCCACUCUACCCCCUGAGGACACACGCACGAAGUUGGAUGCGUCUCUAGUGGAACAUACGAGUGUGAUGCGAGGUGCUAUACCAGUUCUGCCUGCCGCCCUUGCUUACUUCUGUCUUGUAUGCAACGUUCUAGUCCCAGGCCUUGGUACAUUGUUCAGUGGAAUGUUUUGCCUUUGUUUUGGAAUACCCCGGUUCGGGGUUCAUGACGGAGCUAAACAUAGAAUCGGUUCGUUCGUGAUAAACCUAUUGGUGUCGUGCGGUCAGCUGUUCACAGUACUAUUCUGUCUUGUUGGAUGGGGCUGGUCUAUUUGGUGGGGAGUCAUCAUGGUCAAGAUAUCACGAAAAUAUCGUAAGCUAAAGGCAGAAGAGGCUGCGGCGGAAGCGGAUGCUGCGCCCCCUGUCACCGCCAACAAUCAUACGAGAGCUUAA